AAAAAAACUCACAACCAGCGAAGAAUAUAAUUCCUUUCCUCUUCUCCAACGCGAUCCCGCCCAAAGAAUCAUUCUCAACCGUCAUUGCUCCGUCGCCUUCUCUCCCCCCCCCCUCUCUCGAUUCAUCUCUUUCGUUCGUCUGAGUAUUUGAAUUCAACGUCAGAAUUGUCGUAUUUUUCUAUUCUCGAUGAAGAGACGACAUCGGAGUGACAACAAGUAACGAGGAGGAGAUUUUCAAGAUGCUUUGUGGUUCGUUUCGAAAUCGAGUAAACAAUUGGCUUCGAGACUAUGUUAGGCUCCAAUCUGUCGUCGUGAUCCUUAUUUACGCUCAGAUAGGAUGCGCGAUGAUUGGUUCACUAGGGGCAUUGUACAAUGGAGUGUUGCUGAUCAAUUUGGCGAUUGCGUUGUUUGCGCUUGUGGCAAUCGAGAGCAAUAGCCAGAGUCUUGGCCGCACCUACGCCGUUCUUCUUUUCUGCGCCAUUCUUCUUGAUAUCUCUUGGCUCAUUCUCUUCUCCAAUGAGAUUUGGAAUAUUUCAUCUGAGAUGUAUAAAGCGCUUUACAUCUUCUCUGUGAAACUCACUAUGGUUAUGGAAAUCGCUGGGUUCGUUGUGAGGCUAUCUUCCUCGCUGUUAUGGUUUCAGAUUUAUAGGCUGGGAGCUUCCAUUGUUGACACUUCUCUUCCUCGUCGAUCAGAUUCGGAUUCACAGAAUAGCUUCAUAGAUCCUCCUACUUUAGGUAGCCAACGUGAACGUGAUCCUGAUCUACGAACUAGCUUAUUAGAGCCUCCUGCUAUAGCUGAGCAUCGUUCACGUUCUGAUCAAAUCUUGGAUGACUCUAUCGACCGAGUAGCCUACCAGUUUCCUCCAUUUAAUGAUGGACCAGCCUACCAGUUUCCUCCAUGUGAUGGUGGCCAAAACAAUCUCUCUUCACCCAAGGUGAUUAAACAUCAUUCAGCUGAAAACAUUUACGGAGGAUCCCAAUUAUCUGCUGCAGAAGUAUCUCGACUUAAGUCUCCACUAUCUAGAUCCUUGGAGUCCCUUGAUUCUAGUCUCCAUCGAUUCAACAUUUAAUGAUCGUGACUGGCUUGGACCAGUAUAACAACUUUUGAGUUUUGACUAAGGCAGGCGCAUUAUAGUUGGCUUCAGUUUGAAGAAUACGGAGAGGAGAGUUACAUAUUGGGUGACAAAGUAAGAGCCGUCUUUUACUUGUCUUCUUUUCAUAAUUCAUUUUUUACUGUAUAGAAAUUGGGGACGACAUAGUUGGACUCGGAAUGUACAUGAGCAUUCUUUUGUGUACAUAUGGGGAGGAAUACAUUCUUUUGAUUAGUAUAAAGAUCUCUCUUUUUCAUCUAUGCAUUUGGUAUUCGUUGUAGCAAAAUGUUAAAAACCUAAAACCAUAUGUCUAUGAGAAUCGAAAUAUUGAAGUGAG